GGGCGUAAGGAUUAUCUAAAGGCGGGUUCGAUGUUCACUCGCAAUAAAUAGCAAAUUAGUCAAAGUCUGGUCAAAGUAACAUAAAAAUUUUAUAAACAAAACCUUAAUAAUCUUUAAUACAUAUGAUAUAUAUGUAAUAUGGUCAGACUUAUAUUGUAUAAAUGUAUGUAGACGGAAAUAAUAUUAAAUAGAUAUCAGCUAGUAGUAGUUUAACGUCGAUUGUCACUUAAGGCAAUUGUCAACAAUGUCACGAACUGGGACGAAGCUUGACGCGAAGAAAGUGAAUUCUGAAUUAUUUACUCUAACUUAUGGCGCACUUGUGGCCCAAUUGAUUAAAGACUAUGAAAAUGUGGAAGAUGCAAACAAACAAUUAGAAAGAAUGGGAUAUAAUAUAGGAAUUCGACUGAUAGAAGAUUUUCUGGCGCGAACUGGUUCUGGUCGAUGUUAUGACUUUAGAGAUACAGCAGAGAAGAUUCAAAGUGGCUUCAAGAUAUUUCUUGGUAUAACACCGUCAAUUACAAAUUGGAGCCCAGCUGGCGACGAAUUCUCUCUAUGUUUCGAGACAAAUCCAUUGACAGAAUUUGUAGAAUUACCAGAUAAUUGUUCAAACUUGAAGUAUUGUAACAUAUUAACUGGUGUACUUCGAGGAGCUUGCGAAAUGGUGCAAAUGGAAAUUGCUUGCUGGUUUGUACAAGACCAACUUAAAAAUGAUAAUAUAACUGAAUUACGUGUAAAAUUUGUCAAAAGAUUAGAAGAUGCAAUACCAGCAGGCGAGGAUUGAAUAUAUCUGUUAUCUAAUGUGCAAAUGUUAUCUAUAAUUUUAUCAUUUUAAUGAUAAAAAUUUUGUAUUUUGUGUUAUAAUAAUUACAAGAUAUAUUAGUCACAUAUGUAUUUUCUCAUAUACUAUUUGCA